AACCUGUGAACGAAGGAGAUGUGCCAGACCAACCUGUGGACGAAGAAGUUGUGCCAGACCAACCUGUGAACGAAGGAGAUGUGCCAGACCAAUCUCUGAUUCACGUUGUGGCAGACCAAUUUGUUGGCGGCAAAGAAGCUGAGAAAAGCAGUGCUGCUGGUAGAAGUGUCCAAUCAAGAUAUAUCGAUUUCGCAGGUGACUCGACGAGAUUUUCCGAAGUGAAACAGACAUGUACUGACGUCUCGUGUGUGGAAACUUCAACAGCAACAAUUUAUGCUAGAGCAACUCCGAAUCCCAACUCCGCAUAUUUGGAUGCGUUCAGGGAUACAAAUAACUCUUCAAAUAUUUUGGAGCUACUAUCUGAUCAGACUCGGCUGGAUCAACUCCGGUGGGUGCUGGAACGAGGGCUGUCGGAUGAUCUGCCUUGUUUGGGUAGUUCAAGUUUAUUGAAACAAAUCGCUUCAGAAACAAACAGAGGAGUGCAAAGUAUAACUGGUAAUCAAAGCCAACUACUAAAUUAACUAGACCAGUUGGUUCGAGAUUUCCUUUGUAAUCGGGAAACUGGCGAACUUGACUAUAAAGUGUUGCAUGGAUUUGAAAAUAAUUGGUUGCUCAACGAGAAAUUUGUGAGGCUUCUCUUCAAGGGGAGAAUAAAAUCCAUUAAGUCGUGGUUCACGAGUCACCUCACUGACCUCAGCAACCUGACUGAUCCUCUUGUGGUAUAUAAAGGAGUUCUCUCCUCAAAAACCUUCAAUGUGCCUAAAGAAAAGUUCGUCCGAACUGUGUUUCUUCGCAAGGCUCUGCUUCUGGUGUUGUCCUGCAUGAUCCAACUCUAUCUCUCCCAAAAGUUCUCCCUCAUCCGAGGAUUUGCAAAGCUUGCAGAAGUUUGCAUCGACGGAAUGGCCAACCUGCAGCUACCUCGCUCGUCGUACAAGACACUCGACAAAUUAGCGAAUUAUUUUGUCGCCGACUGCUGCGCCAUCGAAUACUUGAGCCUCCACAGCCGGUGUGAAUUCUGCGACCAGUUCCUCCUAGCACUGCAACUACGCUACUUGCCUGCCAUCAACUUGAUAGCUGGGAUCGAUGCACCUCCAAUUUGCAGAUUCGGGAACGGAGACGAUGAUCUGGUGCAUGAAGAAGUCUACUGCUGGAGCUUUGACGACAAUAAACCUGGAGCCGGCGAUAGCGACUACUUCAACCGCCUCGUCUCGUGUGUCUUACUCCAGGCCAUCUCAGCCGGCAUAGUGCAGAGCAAGGCUCUAAUGGCAGCAGAAUCUCAGCAUGAGGUUGAUGAUGCUUUAGAGGUCAUCGCAGGCACAAUAUUAACUCUUGAUGAAUGCGAACAGCAAUCGAAGCUGGGAAGUGAAACUGAUCACAUGCGCUCAGUGAUUUUCUUCACCAAGUAUCGACUGAUGAGUUUAAGAGCUCGCUAUAUGGUGGCUUCGAGUGCUGCAUCUACUAGCAAAUGCCCCAUAACGGACCUACAUAAAUCAAGCGGCAUCCUGCUGAGUCUGGCCACGAGUCUCGAGAAGCGGGUCCCCGGAGUGGCCUGUCCCCAUAGGAAGAAAUACCAGAAUCUUCUUCGCCUCGCAGCUACGCUGAACAAGGCCCGUAACAAAAUCUUACAGCACGCAACCGAGGAAGUUUGUGAUCCGUCGGUUGACUAUUGUACGGAACUUCUACCGGAUCAGCCACCGGAGCAACCCACGGACAGUGCGGAGACGCACAAACUCCUCGGUGCCCUGGCCGGCUUAACUCAUGUUUACCUCGUGCUAUAUAAGUCGGGAAUAACGUCUGCUGCAGAGUUGGACAAGAAGGCUAAACAGCGCCUGCGUGAUGCUCUCGAGAAAGUUUUUGCCGGAGUUGGAAGUGCAGAUGCCAGGAGCCAAUGUCUGGGCCUGUUCUACGAAACCUGGCAUGGCUACAAUGCUCGCCUCAUAAGCCGAGAUGCAGCAGACGUGACAGUUGCGCAACGAGUGGAGAGCUUCCGUCUCUGCAUGGGCGUUCUGUUGGUUCUUGCUGUCCAUCAGCUAGCGGGACAUACGGAAGAGAGUUCUGACGUCGACUGUGAGAAGAAAAAGAAGAGGGAAGAGAGUUCUGACGUGGACUGUGAGAAGAAAAAGAAGAGUGAAAAGAGUCCUGACGUGGACUGUGAGAAGAAAAAGAAGAGGGAACAGAGUUCUGACGUGGACUGUGAGAAGAAAAAGAAGAGGGAAGAGAGUUCUGACGUCGAACGUAAGAAGAAUAAUAAUAAGGAUAUCGCCGUUCAUAAGAAUACAAAGAGCAAUCCAACGACAAGUUUUAAAAAUAAAUUAAUAAGAGGCGAAAAAAUCGACUGUUCAGAAACCAGAAAACAUUCUCAGAAUGUUCUCCCUCAUGAAAGUUUUGAGAAAAGUUCAGAUAAGAAAGCCUUGGAAGAGCAGUCUAAGAAUACACCUCUUUCGUGGUUUUUCCAAGUUAUGACCGAAAAAUUGCUCGGACUGUUUCCGUUCGACAUCCCUUUAAGCUCUUUUAUUGCUCAUUCCAUGCUGCCAGCUCUUGGGAAUCUGGAGUGUGACUUGGAGUCUGAAGAGCCAACAAACUUCGAUUCACAUCUGGAUGACUGCCUAACCGUCGAAGGUCUGAGCGUGGCACGGCUUGUGCUUAAUUCGUUUUUGAAUGAGAAUCUGCCUGAUAAGGAAUUUCGUUUAGAAACUUUCAUCGCUUGGACAGAAAUGGCUGCGUGGCAGAAUGUGAUGCUCCAUUCCGUAGAUGGAUUAGAGUCAAUCGCUAUCUCGGCUACUACUGGUUUCUCGAACGUGGACAUUAAGUCGCUCAGAACUGAAGAAGAUCUCGAAAUACUGGCAAGACUGUACGCUGGUCCCUUGAUCGACUUUGACCAUCCAAUGGAGGCCACACUGAAGGAUUACCUCGAGACCCUCACUGACGUACACGAAAAUUUGUUGCAUCUUUUGACCCGAGAGGACGGAGGCGGACGGUCUGCUGAUCGCGUCAAGAACAAGCCUCGCCAAACUAAAGGCAAAAUUCAGCCUAGGAAAGAGAGCCUACUGGACGUGCCCACGCUACAGACGCUGUGUCUCUUGCUCAGAGACGAGCAGCAGAAGGAAGAACCUCCCAGCGUAGCUAGCGUGCGGGCGCUCCUGCAUCAGGCACACACGCUUAUUGACAAGGAGCCGUUUACUUUCAAAAUACUUGACUAGAGCCAAACAACUAAUUAUUAAUUUAUUUUGAUAUUGAACGAGUGACCCACGCACUAAAAGUUUUUAUACCCAAUCAGUGUAAGUAGACGUGUUGCCAGUCAAUCGGCUAAAUCAACGGUACAUGUUCUCAUUAGUUUCAUUCAAUCAUUCAAUCCUUUUUAUUUUUCAUUUAGCAAUUUUUUCUACUA